AUGGCUUCGGGCCUCUUGUCCGCCGGGGGUCAGUGGGAAUUGCCGACAUUCAGAGAUGUGGCUGUGGGCUUUACUCAGGAAGAGUGGAGUCACCUGCACCCAUAUCAGAAGGCACUCUACCGGGAUGUGAUGCUGGAGAACUACCACAACCUGGUCUUCCUAGGUUGGGAGAGUUGGCCUGAAAUCAAGCAAUCAUUUCCAAAACUGGGCAUUUCUUUGGAAGAAUACCAGGAACGACUCACAAGUUAUAGUCCCCAGGCCUCCUAUCUGGAAGAAACUUUAGAAGGUGGGGCAAUAGAGAGGCCGCAUAAUCAUGGGGAAAAACCUUUUGAAUGCAGUGAUUGUGGGAAGACCUUCCGCCUGAGUACUGCUCUUGCUAUGCAUCAGAGAGUUCAUACUGGAGAGAAACCUUAUGAAUGUAAUGAGUGUGGGAAAUCCUUCAGGCAGAGGGCACAUCUGACCCAACAUCAGAAAAUUCAUUCUGGAGAGAAACCUCAUGAAUGUCAAGAAUGUGGGAAGGCCUUUCGCCUGAGUGCAGCUCUUGCUAUGCAUCAGAGAGUUCAUACUGGAGAGAAACCUUAUGAAUGUACAGAAUGUGGAAAAUCCUUCAGGCAGAGGGCACAUCUUACUCAACAUCAGAAAAUUCAUACUGGCGAGAAACCUCAUCAAUGUAAAGAAUGUGGGAAGGCCUUUCGCUUGAGUACAGCUCUUACCAUGCAUCAGAGAGUUCAUACUGGAGAGAAACCGUAUCAGUGUAAGGAAUGUGGGAAGGCCUUUCCCUUCAGCACAGCCUUAAUUAUGCACCAGAGGGUUCAUACUGGAGAGAAACCAUAUCAUUGUAAUGAAUGUGGCAAGGACUUCCGCAUGAGUACAGCUCUUACUAUGCAUUUGAGAAUUCAUACUGGAGAGAAACCUUAUGAAUGUGAUGAAUGUGGGAAAGCCUUUUCCAGGAGCACAGACCUUACUCACCAUCGAAGAGUUCAUACAGGAGAGAAACCAUACCAGUGUGAUGAAUGUGGGAAGUCCUUCAGGUGGUGGACACAUCUUACUCGUCAUCAGAGACUUCAUACUGGAGAAAAGCCUUAUCAGUGUGAAGAAUGUGGGAAAGCUUUCAGUCGCAGGACACACCUUACUCGUCAUCAGAAAGUUCAUGGUGGGGAGAAGUCUUAG